AUGCCCCAAGACCUUAGGGGGUUGACUGACGCCACUGUCGCCGAAUCGAGAGCCGCGUCGCUUGCUACAAGCGCAGGCUUCUCCGCGGCGGGAGCAGAGACAACGAACGAGGGCAACAAUGACGACGACCUCAUCAACAGGGCCCUCGAGAGGGUGGCGAGCGUAGAUCUCGCUAUCGCGAGGUACACGGAGGCGAGCGCAGAACUCCUGAGCGCCGCUGACCGGGCUCCCGAGGUAAUAACGCACGAGACACCCCGUUCUCGAGCCCGAUCGCAAGGGAUCGAGGUCGCGGCGGUCGGGCGAGUAGCGGGAGCGGAAGUGAGGGCAGUAGAGCUAGGACUCGGCAACGCCCGCCUCCGUGCGCUCGCCGUGGCGGGCAACGAGGAGAGCAAGGAAGAGGUGGUGGACGAGGAGGUCCGAGCUCGGCGAUUCCACCUGUCUGCCGAGAACUCGCACUUCGAGCGCGAGGUCGCCUACGAAAACGCUUCGCCGCACGAGCGGGCCCGCCGGGAGGCCGACGCGCGGCUUGAGGGUACCAUCGAGGGCGAGGCGGAGAAGGAGAGCGCCAACAGAUGCCACUGGCGGGCAGCGAUGGCAGACCUGCCUAGGACUCCGCAACGCCCGCACCGUGCGCUCGCCGUGGCGGGCAACGAGGAGAGCAAGGAAGAGGUGGUGGACGAGGAGGUCCGAGCUCGGCGAUUCCACCUGUCUGCCGAGAACUCGCACUUCGAGCGCGAGGUCGCCUACGAAAACGCUUCGCCGCACGAGCGGGCCCGCCGGGAGGCCGACGCGCGGCUUGAGGGUACCAUCGAGGGCGAGGCGGAGAAGGAGAGCGCCAACAGAUGCCACUGGCGGGCAGCGAUGGCAGACCUGCGUGAAAUCGACGUGAGGAUGGAGAGGCUGCAGCCCAUCAUCGAGGCGGGGGGAGAGUGGCUGCGGCUGCAACACUUGAAAGACGAGGAGUGAUGGGGCUACGAGUCGGCGGCGAGCAGCAGCGCGUCGGAGGCGCUGGCGCGAAGGGUGUCCAGGUUGGAAGAGUGGAGGGACGGCCUAGAGGAGUGGAGGAAGGCCGCCAACGAGCAGCGUCGCGCGGAAACCGACGCGCUGCUACGGUUCUCGGACGAGGCGAGGACAACCGCAGGGGUCUUCGUCGGCCAGCGGAGGCCCG